GGUCGUCACAGCAUUUUCAGCCUGAUUUCUAUAAAUGGAUUACGCCAGAUGGACAAGUUGCUGUUUCAGUAAUUGAUAGUUCUAUUUAUAUACCUAGAAGAAAAUUAAAUGCACCCUGCUUCGAAAAUUACAAUAAUCAACGUCCGACCCAUAAAUCCGAUAUUCACCUGUGA